AAGAAGUGAUACAUAUGAUAUUAUGUAUAUAUUUACAGCUCUAUUGUAAAGGUGGGGUCCCUGUCCCCAGCUGCUCCUGGGGAGUAGAAGCAAUAAUGUAUUUGAUUUGUGGGGUCCCACUUCGGCUAUGCGGGUUUCUAGGGGGCGGGGGCUUGGGACCAAAGCCUUGCCCCCCUCCCAUGCCCCUUUGGGGGUUUUGGCUGUGUAAGGGGGUGAAGGACUGCCCCUCCCUUCUGAGACCCCUCCUUCCUGGUUUCUGUUCCCUUUUCCUGGCAGUGAAUUAUGCAAAGGGGGUUGGCAAAGGAAGGGUAGGUGGGGGAAAGCAAGGUGGGAACUUGAAAGAUUGGGGGGACUGGGCCUGUAAGGAAGGAGCCAUCCCAGUCCCCCUCCGCCCUGCUGCGGCGCUGAGUCAUGGGGUCCUGGAGAAGAAGGGGCGGGUGCCUGAUUGGCUCGCCCGCCCCUGGGGGCAGCGGGCGGGCCCCGCCCAGCUCGGGAGCGCAGCUCCCUCCCCGGCCUCCCUCCCCUCCCGCGUCCCCGGGCAGGGAAUGUCUUGUUCCCGCCGCUCCCUCCCUGGGGCCAGAGGGCAGGGCGGGCCGGGCGGCGUCGUACCCUCUCCUUCCCACCUCCUCCCCGCCCAGGUGCGAGCCGGAGCCGCCACCGCUGCCGCCCCUGACUCACGCCGCCCCCGGGCUGGCGGGACGCAGGGUGUGGGACCCGGUGAGGGGCUGGGGGAGCCGCGGUGGCGCCACCUGGCGGCCGUGCCCUGCGCGGGCCGCGGCCCUGGCUCCGUGGCGCCCCAGCUGGUGAGCGUGCGCCCCCUCGCCAAGGCGUCGGGCCGCUGGGAAGGUGGGCUGCGGUGCUGUGGGAAGGGCAUCCCUUUCCCAGACCCUUGCCAGCCGGGCUUCCCAGCGGGCAGAGAAUGACCCCACUCCUCUAGGAUUGAGCCCACCCACCGCCCCUGUACAUAGCCUCGUCUGUUGGUCUCGUGGAAAUCUAGUUUCAGAUUUUUAACUACCCAAUUCCGCUGGGGCGGGGCACCUACCCCGACCCUUUCCUCGCUGGGUGCUGGACCCCCUUGCGGCCUGGGCUCUGCCUUGCACUAUUUCCCCUCCCUGGCCUGGCGGCCCCUCCCCCUCCUUAACGGGGCAGGUUCAGGGGCCCGGUGCUCUCCCUCCCUCCCUCCCGUGCACCCCCAUGCCCAUUUGCACAGCUGCCCAGGUACCCCCAACAGUGGGGAGGGGUUACAGGGAGGGGUAGCGGGACCAGUCCCUGUAUCUAUUUAAAAGUGAUGAUGUAAUAUAUUGGGGUGGGAGGGGAGGUCGGGUGCCCUGGGCCUCAUCUUAGCAUUUCAGGUGAUGGGGGGAGCCCAGGGCUGGGGAGACCUGGGGCCCAGCCCCAGAGAGUGGGGACAAUAUGGCCUCCCUUCUCCCUACUUGCGGCUUUCCCGGUCAGUGCCUUAGGGGGGGAGGCAUCCCCCCCUCUCCUGUUCCCUUUCCCCUACCCCCCCACCUCGGGUGUAAGCGACAGGAAGAAAUAAUAAUAAUUUAAGAUUCACA